AUGCCAAUUGAAGAGAUGGCUCAACCCGAGAAGAAAGAGCCUUUAUACGAGUUUCCCUAUAAUGCAGAGGAUUAUGAUUACCAUUAUUAUCUAGAUAUUCCCUUCGGAUAUGAUGUCGAGACUUCAACAUAUAACUCAGCAGUAGAAACUUCGCGGGAUUUUUCCACAUCCAUUUACGAAGAUUCUUACGAGGAGGGAAAGAUGGAGAGGAAGGAUAGUUUGGAGCUGGCAUCUUUGAGUUCGGAUUCUACAUAUACCACUCCAGACCCAUCUUUACGAGGAGAUCUUCCGCCAAUCGCGAGGCAACAGAGUACGAGGAGUACGAGGAGCACGAGGAGCAAUAAAGGCACGCAAGGGUUAUUUAAGAUAAUGUCGAUUAGGAAUUUGAAGUCUGCUACCUCCCCGGAUACUUCUGGAGAAACACUUGGUGCAUCUCCAACUCCUCCAACGACGAUGCUGCCAACGGAAUCUAAAGAAUCUGGUGGACCGCCGGGACCAAUGGGACCAGCAGGAGCUGGAGCGCCUGGAGGGCCACCAAAAGAAGUGUUCCCAGAGAUGGAUAUGGAAAAGAAUUUGGUAGGAUGGACGGGACAAGAUGAUCCAGAACAUCCAAGAAAUCUUCCAAAUAAGAAGAAAUGGUUGAUGUUGGCGUCUGUCAGUUUGAUUACAUUCUUGAGUCCUCUAUCCUCAUCGAUUGUCGCACCUGGAAUAACUCUCAUGAAUAAAGAAUUUGGCAACACUUCGGAUAUCUUAGAUACCUUUGUUGUUAGCAUGUUUAUUUUUGGAUUCGCAGCUGGACCACUCAUUUUAUCCCCAAUGAGCGAAAUCUAUGGACGUCAACCAAUCCUCAUGUAUUGUAAUUUCCUCCUGACGAUCUGGCAACUCGCAUGCGCUCUCGCCCCAAACAUCCACCUAUUAAUCCUCUUCCGCUUCUUCGCCGGGCUCGGAGGCUCAGCCUGUCUCGCCAUCGGCGGCGGCGUCGUCGCAGAUUUAUUCCCCAUCCAAGAACGUGGAAAAGCCCAAGCCAUGUUCGUAAUGGGACCACUCUUCGGACCCGUCUUAGGUCCCGUCAUCGGAGGAUUCAUCUCCCAGCGCGCCGGAUGGCGUUGGGUAUACUGGGUAUUGCUAGUCGCCUGCGCCGUCCUUUCAAUCUUCUACGUCAUCGCCGGAAAAGAAACAUCGGCGUCUGUCAUCAUCCGCCGCAAAACCAUCGCUCUGCGCAAAGAAAUUGGAAAUCCGGAUCUUCUCUCUGCAUACGAUGCCAACAAACCGGCCGCAGCGCUGAAACUCAAAGCUGUGAUUCUAACGGGUAUAGCAAGACCAUUCCGCAUGAUGUUUUCCUCUCCAAUUCUCCCUCUCCUCGCCCUCUGGAUGUCGUUUAUCUUCGGACUUAUCUACCUCCUCCUAACAUCCAUCGCCAUGGUCUUCGAAGAUAUCUACGGAUUUUCCAUCGAAAUCGCCUCGUUAGCCUACCUAGGCCUCGGUUUCGGCUUUUUCCUCGGCAUGUUCACCGUCGCAAAGACCUCGGACCCAACUAUCAUCUCUCUCACCAAAAAGAAUAAUGGUGUAUACCUCCCCGAAUUCCGUCUGCGCAACGGUCUCUUCUUCGCCUUUUUCAUCCCCGGCUCUUUUUUCUGGUACGGAUGGUCCGCUUACUAUCGCGUUCAUUGGAUCGUUCCCAUUCUGGGCUUGAUACCAUUCGGUUUCGGUACCAUGGGUGUCUUUGCUGGUAUUCAAACAUAUUAUAUCGAUACCGGUAAACAAUAUGCAGCAUCUGCGAUGGCGGGGCUGACGGCGAUUCGAUGUCUGUUUGCGGCGUUUUUGCCGUUGGCGGGCCAGCCGUUAUAUAACCAUUUGGGGUUGGGCUGGGGGAAUAGUGUGUUGGGAUUCAUUGGGUUGGGCUUGAUUCCGGCGCCGUUUUUUAUUUAUAAAUAUGGGGCGGUGUUGAGGGAGAGGUAUCCGGUUCGGGUUGAUUAG